AAUAUAUAAGCCAUAUCAGAACUGUGUUGAGUACUGUGGUCUUAGUAUGGUGUGGCAUCAAACCUCUAACUUGUUUAGUAAUCUUGUAUUUUGAUGUAGCUCAUGGAAUUUACCUUACAUAAGGGUGUUAAUUGUGGGUCAUAAAUAUUGUUGGCUGUAUUGCUUCAAUUGUCUCUCAGAGCGUAACAUAAAAUGUGAUGAUACCAUAUCUGUUUAAUAAGUCAUUUGGAUAAGAUGAUAAGCUAUCUCUCAUGAGUUAUCUCACUUGUUGUUGCACUUCAUACUCUGCUGCCCCACUGCUCGCUGUUGCAAUGACCAACAGUGUAUAACGGUUUGGGUCAAACAUCAUGGAAACAGACCACUCCUGCCACCCUCCAUCCAAAACUGUCCCCUCCUCCCCCCUCUGGUGGACCUUUAUCAGCACUGCCCCCCCGGUAUCUGCCUCAGUCUGACUCUCGUCCACGAGCCCAGCAACACCUGCAGCAGGACAACAUGUCUGUAACCGAGUCUAAGACGGAGAUCUUUGACAUGGCCAGUACGGAGGCUGAGGACACGGCCAGAGGAAGGAAUAACGUUGUGGGCAUUUUUGAGCGCUAUGUCCAGCCCUGUCUGGCGGAGCUGCUGGGCUCAACUCUGUUCAUCUUUGCAGGCUGCUGCUCUGUUAUUGGGAAUGCAGGCAUCAGUGGCAGCGUCCAGCCUGCGCUGGCACAUGGCCUGGCACUCGCCAUUGCCAUUGUUAUCUUUGGGGAGAUCAGUGGUGGGCACUUCAACCCAGCUGUGUCUGUAAGUGUCUACCUGGUCGGGGGGCUGGAGGUGAUCCUGCUGGCACCUUACAUCAUUGUUCAGCUAUGUGGAGGGAUGAUUGGAGCUGCCUUAGCUAAGUUAAUAUUUCCUGAUGAGAGUUUUCAGUUUGCUACCGGAGCCGCGUUCAACGCAGUUCAGACCAACGCAACCAUCGGACGGGCAACUGUCGCUGAGAUGUUAAUGACUUUAAUCCUGACCUUGGUGGUCUGCAUGGGCGCUAUAAAUAAGAGGACGCGGAGUCCCCUCGCUCCGUUCUGCAUAGGUCUGACGGUGACUGCCAAUAUCCUCGCUGGAGGAGCAGUUUCUGGAGCUUGUAUGAAUCCAGCCCGAGCUUUCGGCCCAGCUAUAGCAGCAAACUACUGGACCUAUCACUGGAUUUACUGGGUCGGACCACUGGCGGGAGCUCUUUUGACUGUCUCUUUUGUAAGAUUGCUGAUGGGUGACCAGAAAACACGUCUUAUUUUGAAAUAAUUCAGAUGGAACCUGGAUUUACUAUUUGGCUAUCUGAGAUGUAAUCUUUGAAAAAACAGUGUAUGAUAUUAGAAUAAAUUCUUUUUUAUAUUGCAUUUUUUAUACGGACGCCUAGAGUAGGCUAUGACUACGUUAUGACUAUGUUAGAUAUUACCUUGAUGAUUUAAGCAGAUAGGUGACCAAGGCCUGUGCUGUCAGUACAAUUUGCUAUGUGCUAUUUGCCAACAUGUUACUGGUUGCACUUGAGACAUCAGUGUUACAUUUUGUUUUGAAAAUAACUUUAAAUGUAUUAUUAUCCUGUUUAGAUUGAUUGUACUUAACAAUAAAUAUUUGAAUAGUAAAAAAAGUCCUGGAAAUA